CCCGAGGGCACUGGCUGCCAGAUUCUUCUCACAGAAAGAUCGUGGGCCACUCAACUUGGUCUGAGCCAUGGCACCCAAGAAAGCUAAGAAGAGGUCCGAAGGUGCCAACUCCAACGUUUUCUCCAUGUUUGAACAGGCUCAGAUCCAGGAGUUCAAAGAGGCAUUCACCAUUAUGGAUCAGAACCGCGACGGCUUCAUUGACAAAGCAGACCUGAGAGACACAUUUGCUGCAUUAGGACGUUUGAAUGUGAAAAAUGAAGAACUGGAGGAUAUGAUCAAGGAAGCUCCUGGACCAAUUAACUUCACUGUGUUCCUGACCAUGUUUGGCGAGAAACUCAAAGGUGCUGAUCCAGAAGAGACUAUUCUGAAUGCAUUCAAAGUUUUUGACCCGGACGGCAAAGGCUUAAAGGCAAAUUACAUUAAAGAGAUGCUCACGACGCAAGGAGAACGGUUUUCACAGGAGGAGGUAGAGCAGAUGUUUGCGGCUUUUCCUCCAGACGUCACUGGAAAUCUGGACUAUAAGAAUUUGGUCCACAUCAUCACACACGGGGAAGAGAAGGAUUGAAGUGGGAGAGCGUUGAAG